AUGACCCUGCAACUCGUAGUCUUCGCAGUGUACUGCGCUGUGUCCGCUGUUGUCGGCCAUGCUGCAGCUCAACCUGCAUUCGUGUACCGCUUCGACGCUGCUACCGCAGCCGGGGUCGAAGGUGCAAUCCUCUUCAAGUACGCUGGCGACAAUUCACCGGUCGCUGCCGUCUCCGCCGCCCUCGACUUCUCCCGCGUGAGCCAAAGCGCGAUCCAGGCGUUCGACCCGCGCUGUGUCGAGCCUGUGACGCAGUACAAGUGGCACAUCCACGUUCGCUGGAGCUCCCGUCACCGGUCGGCGGCCUUCGCGCAGUGCUCGGCGCGUGCUACGGGCAACCACUACGACCCGCUCUUCGCGUGCAGCCCCGACUCGCAGCACAUUGACACUCCUCAGUGUCAGGCCAGGGCUGCGGAGUACGCCUGCAACCCGAGGAAUUACGCGAAAGACCCGCGCUCGUGCGAGAAGGGAGACCUGUCCGGCAAGUUCGGCAACUUGGUGCUGAAUGCCGACCAGAAGGCGUAUGGAAAGUGGAUCGACAAGCACGCGCCCCUGCCGUCCGAGAACCGCCCGAGCUGGAGCAUCGUGCUGCACGCUGUGUGCGGCAACCACACCGUCCGGAUGACCUGUGCUGUCGAAACGAAUGUCUGA